AUGUUCUCACAAGUUGUGCCGUGGCGACGAUUUACUAAUCAGUGUCUUAAAUGUUCACGAUCAGCGUUAAUUCGAAAUGCUUCAUCAUCAUCAAGCAGUGGUGAACAACAAUAUGAUCUGGUCGUCAUCGGUUCUGGGCCAGGUGGAUAUGUAGCAGCAAUCAAAGCCGCACAGCUUGGUCUUAAAACAGCAUGUGUGGAAAAGAACGCCACAUACGGUGGAACAUGUCUCAAUGUGGGUUGUAUUCCGUCGAAAGCAAUGCUUCAUAAUUCCCAUCUCUAUCAUAUGGCAACUCAUGGCGAAUUGAAAAAGCGAGGCAUUGAAGUGGAAGGUGUUUCACUAAAUUUACCAGUAUUUUUGAAACAGAAAGAAGAUGCUGUCAAGGGUCUUACCGGUGGUGUUGCUUAUUUGUUCAAAUCGAAUAAAGUCACUGGUAUUCGUGGUUAUGGUAGUGUGAGUGGACCUGGACAAGUUACCGUGAAAAAGGAAGAUGGAUCAAACGAAACUCUUAAAACGAAAAAUAUCCUUCUAGCUGUUGGUUCAGAAGUGACGCCAUUUCCCGGUAUCGAGAUUGACGAAGAAACAGUUGUAUCAUCAACUGGUGCACUUUCACUCAAACAAGUACCAAAGAAAAUGGUUCUUAUUGGUGCCGGUGUCAUUGGAUUAGAAUUAGGUUCAGUAUGGAGUCGUCUAGGUGCAGAUGUUACAUGUGUAGAAUUUCUACCUCAUAUCGGUGGUAUGGGUAUUGACAUGGAGGUGAGCAAAGCAUUUCAAAAAGUGUUAACAAAGCAAGGAUUGAAAUUUAAAUUGGAAACCAAAGUAACAGGCGCAGAGAAAACCAAUGAUGGUAUAACGGUUAACGUGGAGGGUGCCAAAGGUGGCAACGGUGAAUCGCUGAAUUGCGAUACUCUAUUAGUAUGUAUUGGUCGAAGACCUUACACCAAAGAUCUCGGCCUUGAAAGUGUUGGUAUUCAAUUGGAUAAACGAGGUCGUAUCGAAGUUGAUAAAAAUUUCCAAACAGCUUGCAAAGGUGUCUACGCCAUUGGUGAUUGUAUUCAAGGACCUAUGUUAGCACACAAAGCUGAAGAUGAAGGAAUCAUCUGUGUGGAAAUAUCAUGGGUUGGAAAAGCUGAAGAACAAUUGAAACAAGAAGGUAUUAAAUACAAAGUUGGCCGAUUUCCAAUGGCUGCUAAUAGCCGAGCAAAGACGAUUAAUGAACCGGACGGUUUCGUCAAAGUUCUAUCUGACGCUAAAACUGAUCGCAUUCUCGGUGUUCACAUGAUCAAUUCGGUUGCCGGUGAAUUAAUCAAUGAAGCUGCACUAGCUAUGGAAUACGGAGCAUCAUGCGAAGACGUCGCACGUGUUUGCCAUGCUCAUCCUACAUGGUCCGAAUCGUUUAAAGAAGCUAAUCUUCAAGCAUAUUUUGGUAAAUCGAUUAAUUUUACCUAA